AUGAAGUACAUUUUGGUUGCUCUCCUGCCCAUUAUCUGCCUAGCCGUACCACUUCCUGAUAUCCUUCCAUCGCUCCCACAACUCCGUAAGGUUCAGUCGACAUCUGUGAAAGGAAAGCUUUUGUGUGAUGGCAAGGGAUACGAGAAGGCUCGUCUGAAGCUCUACGAGAUUGAUCCCAUCAAGGACACAUUGAUGGCCGAAGGUCUGACCAACGCCGAAGGAGAAUUCGAACUUUCUGGAAAUGACACCGAAUGGACCAAGAUUGAUCCAAAACUCAACAUCUAUCACAACUGCCACGACGAGGCUAUUGAGUGCUGGAGAAAGGUGGAAAUUGUGAUCCCAGACGAUUUCAUUACCGAGGGAGCCAACCCAGCCAAGACCUUUGAUAUCGGAAUCCUCAACAUCAACGCCGUGCUUCCAGGAGAGUCUCGCGAUUGCUUGAACUAG